AUGAGAAACAGGCUGGAUCACGUCAAAAAUGUCUUAAAGACGGCCAAGUGAUUAGAACCACAAGACAGUCAUGGUUUUACCAUCUGAUACACUGUUCCUCCCCCUCCUCCUGCAUCUCUUCAACGGGCGGCGUGAGGAUGCUUUACGCUUUGUUGCCCACUAACCGCGACGAUAACGACAUCGACAGGUUUACUUCGCUUCUCCGUGAGUCUAAAUUAUUUCUUACAGGCGAGCUUUCAAAGUCUGACUCCGACGAUGAAGGAUGCAUUGCUACUGUCACGCUUGGCCAUAUUACUAUUUUCUGGCUGAUGAUGUUAACAGUGCAGCAUGCCAUAUUCUGAACUGGAAUAAAAAGCAACGCAAAUGUGGACAUAUCAGUAACAAUACAACACGUCGCCGGUGUGGACGAACAGGAAUGCGCUUAUCGCCCAAAUCUCUUUAAGCCCUGCCUCCUCCUACUUUCUCCUCUCCACUCUAUAAUCCUGCUGUCCUUAGCCUCCCUCUUGCUCAGUCAUCUCCCUUCAUUUUCAUUUAAUCCUUCACCUCCCCUCUGCUUCCCCUCCGCCCACUGCUCUCCUCCUCCUCCUCUUCCUCCUCCUCUCCUUAUCUCCAUCUGUUGCUCAUCACCCCUUCCUUCCUCAACGAGCCUCCCUUCCUCUGCCCUGUGGGAAUCCUUCCCCCUCUCGGCCCCUUCCUCCUCCACCUCCUCCUUGUUCCCACCCCAGUGCCUCCCUCCAACCGCGAUGCCCCCUGCCCCACCUGUCCAACCCAUCCAAGAAAAGCCUCACCCUCCCCAGUAGGAAUGAUCGGUCUGGUCCAGCGCCUGUCUCCGUCCGCAGUCACACCCACCGUUCCUCUUCCUGCUCCUCUCGCCUUCCCGCCCCCUGCUAUCACCGCCAUCCGCGGGCUCCUGCACCAUGAAGGAUGAGGUCAUCAGCACCAACGCUCUGGCCUGGCUUGUGUGCUCGGGCGUGUCCAUUCUGGCCAAUGCCUGGGGCAUCCUGAGUGUGAGCGCCAAGCAGAAGAAGUGGAAGCCGCUCGAGUUCCUCAUCUGUACGUUGGCCGGCACCCACAUCCUCAACAUGGGGAUCCCUAUCACCAUGUACUGCGUCAUCCAGCUGCGCCGGCACCACUCCAGCUACGAGUGGAACGAGGGCCUGUGCAAGGUCUUCGUCUCCACCUUCUACACCCUCACCCUGGUCACCUGCUUCUCCGUCACCUCGCUCUCCUACCACCGCAUGUGGAUGGUGCGCUGGCCCGUCAACUACAGGCUGAGCAACACGAAGAAACAGGCCGUGCAUACUGUCAUGGGCAUCUGGAUGGUGUCGUUCAUCUUGUCCACGCUGCCCGCCGUGGGCUGGCAUGACACCAGCGAGCGCUUCUACGCGCGCGACUGCCGCUUCAUCGUCACGGAGAUCGGCCUGGGCUUCGGCGUCUGCUUCCUGCUCCUGAUCGGCGGCAGCGUGACCAUGGGCGCCAUCUGCAUUGGCAUCGCCCUCUUCCAGACCUUCUCCAUCCAGGCAGGCCACAGCACUGGCAAGAACAAGUUCAACGUGCCCGCCAUCGUGGUGGAGGACGCGCAGGGCAAGCGGCGCUCUUCCAUCGACGGCUCGGAGCCCGUGAAGACCUCGCUGCAGAUCACCUACCUGAUCAGCGGCAUUGUCUUCAUCUAUGACUUCCUCACUGGCUUCCCCAUCCUGGUGGUGAGCUUUGCCAGUUUGAAGUACGACCGAUCCUACAGCUGGAUGGUGCUGUGCGUGCUCUGGUGCUCCAUUGCCCAGUCCAUCCUCUUACCCAUGUUCCUGUGGGCGUGCGAUCGCUACAGAGCUGACGUCAAGAUGGUGUGGGAGAAGUGCGUGGCCAUCAUGUCCAACGACGACGUGGAUGAAGAAAACAGCCAGGAUGGAGGCAUUCAUCCGGACUUAAUUUAUGACAGACCAUAUGACUAUAGCUCCGCUGCUGAUAUCAUGACGGUAGACCGUAUUGCCAAGUACGAAUUCUCCACCUUAGAAAGGGGGGUCCCCCAAGGUUAUCCAUUGAGGGAGCCUCAGGACGAUAAAAUGCACUAUUUGCAGGUGCCACCUACAAGAAGAUACUCCCACGACGAAACCGACAUGUGGACCACCGGCCAGAUCCCUCCGUACCUUCAUCACUGGGGCUCCUCCGAGGACGUGAUGGGGACGGCGCAGUACAGCUUGCAGCGCCACGACAGGCGUCGGAGCGGCCCGGCGUCCUCCCGCGAGGACCUCCACCCCCACCGCAAGCGGAGGAGCUCCGAGGACACACACUCGCUCAAGCAGCUGCCACGAGCCGAGCGUUAUGAUGGCGACUUUGAGUGCUUCAGCCGCGAUGAGGUCAUCAGCUUCAUUGACGAGACGCCGCUGGCCAGCCCGAUGAGGAGCCCACGCCGCGCCUCCGCCCUUUCGCUGGUCGCCGACGCCUACGAACAGCGCAUGAUCUCGUUUCCGCACUUCCCGCUCACACGCUUUGAGCGUGAGCCCCAGGCUCUGCGGCGCCCCCUAGAGCCCGCCAGGGCCCUGCAGGCCGAUCCGCCCCUGGAGUCCUCCCGGAAAGACAAUAGCGGCCGGGGCAGAGGGCGCAAGGAGGCCACGGGCGAAGGCGCUUACGAUAAGGCGUGUGGCGAGUGCUGGCAAGACGGGGGUCGCGCCACCGAACGCGUGGUCCUGGGGCAGGACGCUCGGACAGGAGUGCAGUCAUCGCUCAGGGUAACGGCAGGACAGCGGGAGGAUGCAGGAGGGUGCGUGGAACACAAACAGCAUCUGACUAAGGGCGAGAGUGAAGGAAGCACAAACAGUUUUAUAAACUCAUCAUCUCCGUCCUCGGGGUAUAUCACAUUUCACUCUGACUCCAUAGGAUCAACCUAAGAGCAUGGAGCACUUCUAUUAUUACAUGUAAUAAAAGCCUAAAUCUCUUAAUAUUGAUAUUGAUAUUAGCGUUCUAACUAUUCAAGUGGAAUGUUUUUGUAAUCUGGGAACUGCAUAAUUAGGUCUUGAGAAGUGAUCAGUGGAUUAAGCAGAAAGACAUUCUUUUUUUAUAGCUAUUUUAUUAAAUGUUACAAACAUAUGUAACAUUGUAUGAUGUACUGGUUUCUUUGGAGCUGAUAUUUCUGAACUCUGUUUGCUUUGGAGAUUUCCUCCUCAAUCAAUAUUGGCCUUGCAUUUCAUAAAGCCUCGAGCAGAAACCAAACUGAGAACAGACAGGGCCUCUUGGUCAACAGUGCAUAGCUGUUGUUAACAAAAACUAGAGUCCUGCUCAUUUUGGGCCCUUGUUCCAGCAUUUCUAGCUUUCUGGGAUGUGUGGUGGGUUUGUUUUUCUAUGUUUGGUUGCCAGGGUUGUUUUUUUCCCUUAAUGAAAUAAGUGUACAGUGGCCAUUUUAUGAUUUGCUUCUGAAAAGCAAGACUCUCUUUGUGGAGUCCAGCAUUUUCCAAAGCAAUUUUACACAAUAUUUUCAGCUCAUGUACCGAAGAACUAUAGAAAUGACAGUUUCAGAUGAAUUACUUAUGGUUAUUUUAGCCUAACUGAUAUUUAAAUGGCUCUUACUUCACACAGCAAAAUCCCAAGAGAUUAACUACUCUAAUUCUAUACAACGGUGAUUCAGAUCCAUCUGCACACAUAUGCUACAAGUGUUAACACCGCUACUGAUAUUUCUGUUAUUGUACUUAGGUUCAAGUGAUAUAAAUAAAAUUAAAGAAACAUUUGAUCCAAAGGCAGAAAACAAAAUGUGAUCUAAACCUUGCCAAAUCAGAGUUUUACAAAUAUUUUCUGGAAUUGGGUGAAUUUAGCCUGUAUAGAAUGCCAUGAGGUUAAUUGCCUCCUAGUUAUUUACUCCACAAGCCAUCAAACUUCUUUUCAGCAGUUCCUUUGGUUAUUAGUAGUCUUUUUUCAUCAUGAAAACAUGAUUACAAUGAAUAAAAUUGUGGUUAGAAAACUGACAACAUUGCCAGCAUAAUCUGCAAUUACUAGCACUUUUUCAUCGUAAAUAGCAAAUGAUAUACAUUUUGCAGAAGGUUUUUCCUUGCAAAUUUGUUGGUCUAUGAACUGUGAAAACAUUCAGGCAUAGCAAAAUCUUGUUUUUUUCUGGAACAAGAUUAUGUAUUUCCAUAAGGGAUGGUGUUUCCUUCAAUGUAAUGGGCUAUUUAGAAAUUGCUAUUUGGAUUGUUUUUGCUUUAUUCAUGUCACUAUCUCCCAACACCUAAUUUGCAUGUAGGCUACAACAGUGAAAUUAUGAAAUUAUGACCUAUUCCCAGCAUUCAUUUUUAUCGACUGUAUUUAUUACAACCAAAAAAAACUAGUGUCAAAAUCUGGUGCUCAAUAUUAUGGAUACUUCAUCUGCCACUGAGAUUUCACACAAGAAUCUGUCAGACACUACCACUUUUCUACAUUAAGAUCUACACAAGAGUCUUCCUUGAUCUUUCAAUGAUGUCUUAAAACUAACCCAUGGAUUUAAAUCUUUUAUAUGAAUCUGACUUAAUUGGCAUUUUGGUACAGAUUCAUUGUAAAAAGGUCAUUAUCAAGGGAAUUGCUUCGAAAUGAAUGUAUUUACAUUGGACUGAUAUUAGAUAUACAUUGCUAUCAGAAUGCAUGUUCCUGGGCCUUAGCUGUGUUACAGGUCACCUUCGGUAUUUUUGUUUCCAGAAUACGAUGUAGCACUAAUACUUUGUAAGGCACUUUGAUACACAUUUGGACGCUGGUGUGAAUCGUCCACCUUGUACUAGCUUAAUGCUUGCAGUAUGUUGAAUUAGAGAAUUCCAGAUGUUUCGACCAAUUACAAUAAUACAGAAACUGAAGGAGCUUUAAAAUAUUUUCGGCGUCAAACAUUCCUCGUUUUUUCGCAUGUUCACUUGCAAACGUUUUUUUCGUUUUUAUCAUUUCCUGUGACGUUCCUUUAAAGUUAAAGAUAUAUUAUUUUGUGUCGUGUCUCAGACUAAAGGCACGUCGUUCUGGUAAAUGAAGUAACAGUGUUUGAUGUUUUGUUAAUCAAAUGAUGGUCAUUAUUUUUUUCUUUUUGUAAAGUGAAGUACAAAGAAUUGUUUAAAAUCGGUGGAACUGUAUUUCGCGUUUGUAUCAGUAAAAGAAGAUUCUAUGAAAUCUCAGUGACGUUUUGAGGUUCUGGGCAGAACAAAUGUGGUUUAGAUACAACCUAAUUCAGCGGUGAUCACACCUUUUAAAAUAUUUCAAAAUAA